ACCGUACUGACAGACUAACACCGGUUAUGUGGUUAUGUUGAAGUUAAGUGCGGGGUCAUCUAUUGUUUAUUGUUUAUAAAUAUUUAUAGUGUAGAUAUUAUUUUUUUUAAAACAAAUGGAUCUUAAUGAAUUGUUGAGCAAAUGUGCAUUAGCAAACAAACCUGACAAGAGGAAGACAGAAGAAUUGGAGAAAAAAGAAGAUCAAUUGUUUCAAAAAAUGUAUAAAGAGUGGAAGGGUACUAAAGCAGAGGAUAAGGAUCUAACUUACAAAGUUAUUCCCAAAUUUUAUUUUAAACUCCCAAAAGAAGAUGAAAUACUGCCACAAAAGUUACGGGAAGAGACGCGUGCCUUAUUCCUACAGAAAAGAUCUCGCCAACUCCUUGAUAAUAAUGAAUUGAAGGCACUUUGGGUCCUCUUGGACAAACAUCAUAGUCCUCCUCUUUCCGGGGAAGAACAAUUAAUAAAUUAUGAAGAUUUCAAGAAAGUUGGUGCUCUAGCUGGACUUAAGUGUGCUCCAUAUUUUACUGCGGUUGUUUUUGCUAAAUUGCAACAAGGAGAUCCACAUGGGCGUAUCAGCAUCAUGGCACUGUUCAACUACGUCAUGAGGAAAGUCUGGUUGCAUCAAACAAGAAUUGGCCUCUCUCUAUAUGAUGUCACCGGUCAAGGAUACCUGAGAGAAUCCGAUCUAGAGAACUAUAUUCUAGAGUUAAUUCCAACCUUACCACAGCUUGAAGGACUGGAAAAGUCAUUCCAUUCUUUCUAUGUUUGUACAGCGGUGCGAAAGUUCCUAUUUUUUUUAGAUCCACUCAGAACCGGGAGGGUACGAAUACAAGAUAUUUUAGCAUGCAGUUUUCUAGAUGACCUGUUGGAGUUGCGUGAUGAGGAUUUGCCUAAAGACUUGCAAGAAGCAAACUGGUUUUCCGCACCAUCUGCCUUGAAAGUCUAUGGCCAAUAUCUCAACCUAGAUCGGGAUCAUAAUGGCAUGCUCAAUAAAGAGGAACUUUCCGGGUAUGGCACAGGGACACUGACUGGAGUCUUUCUGGAGAGAGUAUUUCAAGAGUGUUUGACAUACGAGGGCGAGAUGGACUACAAAACCUACCUCGACUUCGUUCUCGCAUUGGAAAACCGUCAUGAGCCACAAAGUUUACACUAUCUCUUUCGUAUUCUCGAUAUCAACAACCGUGGAUAUCUCGAUACGUUUUGUCUCAACUACUUUUUUCGGGCGAUCCAGGAGCAAAUGACAAUGCACGGGCAAGAACCUGUCAGUUUUGAGGAUGUGAAGGAUGAAAUAUUUGACAUGGUCAAACCACUGGACCCCUGUAGAAUAACUUUACAGGACCUUUUAUCCUGCGGUCAAGGUGAUACAAUGGUUAGCAUUCUAAUCGAAUUCCAUGGUUUCUGGGCCUACGAAAAUCGAGAAGCUAUGGCAGCGGACAAUGGAGAUGAAUCUUCGCACGUUUGACAACUUCUUUGAUGGAAACUGCAGAUCUCUGAUCACACUUCUGUAAAUUCUCCUCGACCCCUAACGUGUCAUUUUUGAGACUGAAAUAUAUGUGAUUGAUAAAACUUUGAA